AUGGGAACUCUCCUCCACGUUGGUCACGCAGACGUUUACACGAACGAGUGGGCCGUUAAAGUCAGCGGGGACCACGAGUCUGUGAACAAGAUAGCACACAAAUAUGGAUUCAUCAACAUGGGACAGAUUGGAAGCCUGAAGAGUUACUACAGAUUCCAUCACCCCGAGACCGCCAACCGCUCCUCUGUGUGCAGCAAAGAAGUGACUGCUCCCAUUGCCAAGGAGGCCAAGGUGGAAUGGCUUCUACAGCAGGUGGUUCAAAUAAGAGCAAAGAGGAGCUCUAGAGGCGGUCAUACCUAUCCUCGCGGAAUAAAAGCCAAGCAACUUUCAGCCACCCAACGUGACUCUCAGGCCGACCAGACUCUCCACAUCAGUGACCUAGUGUGGGACCGGCCGUGGUACAAUCACUGCAGCGAUGAGUCCAAACACUGCCAGUCUCACAUGAACAUCGCAGGGGCUUGGAGGAUGGGGUAUACUGGGAAGGGUGUGGUGGUGUCUGUCCUAGAUGAUGGCAUUGAGAGAGAACAUCCAGAUCUGAAGCCAAAUUAUGAUCCGCUUGCCAGCUAUGAUGUGAAUGGACAAGACCCCGAUCCCUCUCCGAGUUAUUCUAAUAAUGCUGCCAACUACCAUGGGACUCAGUGUGCAGGGAUAGUUGCUGCAGCUGCAAAUAACUCUCAGUGCACGGUGGGAGUCUCUUUCCAUGCACGACUAGGAGGUGUACGCAUGCUGGGUGGAGAUGUGACCGACAUCGUGGAAGCCCACUCACUGAGCCUCAGACCACAAUAUAUUGAUAUUUAUUUAGCCGGCUGGGGGCCAGAAGAUGACGGCGCCACUCUGGAAGGUCCCGGACCUCUGGCUCAUCGAGCUUUACAGAUUGGCACUCAGACAGGUCGGCAGGGGAGGGGCUCUGUUUUUGUGUGGGCGUCGGGGAAUGGAGGACGGGCAGGUGACCACUGCUCCUGCGACGGCUACAGCAACAGCAUCUACACCAUCUCUGUCAGCAGCAGUAGUCGCCAUGGAAGCCAGCCAGAUUACCUGGAGCAAUGCUCCUCCACGCUGGCUGCGGCUUAUGGCGGCGAGGAGACAGAACAGACGGUAACUCUGGGUCCACAGCAGAGCUGCAGGAAGGCUCAGCCAGGAAGCUCCCUCUCCUCCUCUGUGGCUGCAGGCGUCCUUGCUCUCACAUUGGAGGCCAAUCCCUUGCUAACCUGGAGGGAUGUGCAGCACAUCAUUGUCCGGACAUCAAAAUCUCAUCAUCUCAUCGCUCAUGACUGGCACGUUAAUGGAGCCGGAUACAAAGUGAGCCACCUGUAUGGUUUUGGCCUGCUGGAUGCUGAGAGCAUGGUGAAGGAGGCAGAGUUCUGGAAGCAAGUCCCCCCACAGCACGAGUGCGUGGAGGAGGCAGCCAUCCAGCUGAGCAGAAUUAUUCACCCGGGCUCGGAGCUGACGUCUGUGUGUGAGACUACAGGCUGCUCCGGCGAGGCCCUGCAGCACGUCGUUUACGUGGAGCAUGUCGUCCUCCUUGUAACCAUCAGUCACAGUCGUCGUGGCGACCUUUCCAUUACGCUCACCUCGCCUUCAGGCACUGUCUCACAGCUGCUGGCUAACAGGCCUCUUGAUAACUCCGCCGAAGGAUUUCAGAACUGGGAAUUCAUGACGACUCAUUGCUGGGGGGAGCGAGCAGCAGGGGAAUGGACACUGAAAAUCAAGGAUGCUCCCUCUCAGAAGCGUGACAGCACUGAUCUAGGGAUUCUGACGAAGUGGUCUCUGGUGAUUUAUGGGACGUCAGACCCGCCGUAUCCCGUUCAUCGCCAACGAGUUCGAUCAGCUGACAUCUUAAUGGACAGUGAUGUCACUGAAGAGUACGACGGACCAUGUGACCCAGAAUGCACUGAGGAUGGUUGUGAGGGGCCAGGCCCGCAGCAGUGUGUCACAUGCCUACACUUUUUUAUCAAGUUCAAGAACAACUCAAGAUUGUGUGUAUCCGAGUGCCCCAGGGGAUUCUGGGGUGACCGUCGCCGCUGUAAGAGAUGCUACUCCUCCUGUGAGAGCUGCACUGGGAGUCGCAAUGACCAGUGUAUUUCCUGUCAGCCUGGUCAUCACCUGACCGAGGGGGCCAACACCUGCACGGCCGCCUGCGGAGAUAGCUACUACCUCGAUCAUGAUACAAAUAUGUGCAGAAAGUGCAGCGAAAACUGCCUGAAGUGCACCUCCUACAGCAUCUGCACGGAAUGCAAAGCAGAUACAAGCCUGCAGGGGAACAGGUGCCAGCAGAGCUGCGGGCCCGGGUCCUACCACGACACGCAGGAGGGCGCGUGCAAGCCCUGUCACAAGGCCUGUGCCACCUGUGCAGGUGCAGGUGUAGAGGCGUGCAACCGUUGUGCAGAAGGCUACUUGACAGAGGAGUGGAGGUGUGUGUCCUCAUGCAGUCCUGGCUUCUACACCACAGAGCCCAGCCCAGAGAUAGCUGAUAGGCACAGGAUAUGUAGGAGGUGUGACGCCAGCUGUCUCACCUGUGUGGGGCCGAGCCGGGGGAACUGUAGCAGCUGUUCCAGCGGUCACAGCCUGCAGGAGGGAGUGUGUGUUGUUAACACUGUGUGCACAGACGGAGAGUACCAGGACGGUGACGGGACGUGCCACGCGUGUGAUGCAACGUGUCUGAAGUGCACAGGGCCGGGGAGUGAAGACUGCAUCAGCUGUGUUUCUUCACAUGUUCUAGACGAGGGCCGAUGUUUGGUGGCAUGCGCAAAGGGCAAGUACCAGUCAGGAGGUCAGUGUCACCUGUGUGACCACACCUGCGCCACAUGUGUAGAUGCAGGGCCUGCCAACUGCACCAGCUGUGACACAGAUAAAUUUGGGCUGGAGCGGUACCUGCACGGAGGCCUGUGCCUAGACGCCUGCCCCGAAGCCUUCUACCACACGGGCUACAGGACCUGCGAGCCCUGCGCUCAGCACUGCCGGCUCUGCACAAGCCCCAACCACUGUCUGAAGUGCAACUCUUCCUUCUACGUCUCCAAGGGAGCGUGUGUGAAGCUGGAGUGUGGAGAAGGGGAGGUGGAGGAUCCAGAUUACGAUGACUGCAUGGCUUGUGAGGAGGGCUGCAGGAAGUGUGUCUUGUAUAAUCCCAGACACUGCCUUUCUUGUACUGAGGGCUUUUACACCUUUCAGGAUGGCUGCUACAGAAACUGCCCAGCGAAGACGUACAGCGUGGAAGAAGAGAUGACCUGCCUUCCAUGCGAUGACAGCUGUGUGAGCUGUGACGAACACGAGUGCUACUGGUGUGAGACCGACCUGUUCUUAUCAGAGGGGACGUGUGUCUCCGUGUGUCCCGAUGGUUUCUAUGGAGAUGAAGACACCAACGACUGUGAGGAGUGUCACUCAGACUGUGCGACGUGUGACGGCCCGGAGAACGACAACUGCGUGUCGUGUGAGGACGGGAAGGCGCUUGUGCACGGGGAGUGUGUGUCCGACCACGAGGUCUGUCCCAGUAAGACCUUUCUCAGCGACGAUGGGGCGUGCGAGGACUGCCACCCGUCCUGCGAGUCCUGCUCUGGAUCGGAGAAAAACCAGUGCACAAAAUGUGGAAAAGGGCGAUUUCUGACCGCACAGCAAACGUGUGUGUCAAAGUGUCCGGCGGGCUUCUUUGCCGGCCGGCUGAGCGGCGCGUGCGAGGCAUGCCCACCGGGCUGCUCGCAGUGUGUGGACGCUCAACGUUGCAGCCGCUGUCUGAGCACUCACCAAGCUCAGUUGUUCCUGCAGGAUGGACAGUGUGUGGAAGAGUGUGUCAGUGGUUAUCCUGCGGGCCAGCUGUGUCGCAGCUGUGCACCCGGCUGUGCGUCCUGUGAGAGGAACGCCACUCAUUGCCUCACCUGUGAAGAGCCUCUCCUCCUACACAAACAUCAGUGUGUGGAGGAGUGUCCUCCAGCCCACGCUGUCCGGGAUCACGAGUGCCAUCACUGUCCGGCAGCCUGUCAAGAGUGCAACCCGCUCGGGCCGUGCACAGGCUGCGAGGAAUAUCACUUUCUCCACGAGGGUCUGUGCGCUCCGAGCUGCCCCGAGAGGUUCUAUGAGGACAAUGAGCAAAGGGAGUGUCUGCGUUGCCACCCCGACUGUGCUUUGUGUGACGGGCCGAACGGCGAUGAAUGCGACGCCUGCGCCGACCUGGAGGCUACCCUGCACAACGGGGCCUGUUUAGCCGCCUGCCCCCUUCGCACAUACAGGGACGCAACGACCGGAGACUGUAAAGGAAAAGCUUCCCGGUCCUGUGACUCCUGCUACCCUGGAUACCUGCUGUCAAACGGCAGGUGUGAAUCCCUGUGUGACAUCGGCCAGUAUCCCGUUAUAACGGGUUCGGAUCCCACUUGUGAGGAGUGCGAGCGCUCCUGCCUGGAGUGCCGGGGGCCCGGUCCGUCCGACUGCACCGUGUGUCCCGCUCAAGCCAUCCUUGAAGCUGGCGGGCGCUGCUUGCUGUGCUGUCGUCAUGGAGACGAAGGGGAGGAUGCUGCCACGCCGCAGCAGGACUGCUGUAACUGCACCGAGACUCGAGGAGAGUGUGUUCUCAGCACCAACUUGGCAUUCAGGAAUGACGAGGAAGAGGAGUUCAGAGGCAGCCUGACAAUCUUCAUCUUCGCCUGCGUCCUGCUCGUGCUGGCGCUCGUGGCGGUCGUCUUCCUCGUCAGACACUCCAGGUCCAAGAGCGCACAGUCGGACCUCCCCCCCCGCGGCUACGAGAAGCUGGGAUCUGGCGGGGGGUUCGGCCAGAGCGGCCGGGCCGGCUCCUCUGGAGGCCGGUUCCAGGAGGAUCAGCUGGUCGACAUCGACAACCGCCGCCCGGGGAAUAAGGAUGACGAGGACGACGAGGACGACGAGGACGAGGACAUCGUUUACAUGGGAAAGGACGGCACAGUGUACAGGAAGUUUCGGUACGGGCAGCUGGGGGAGGACAACGACGACGAGCUGGAGUACGAUGACGAGAGCUACGCGUUCCGGUGA